UCUGGGUUACUGACGUGUGUGUCCGCGCUAUUAUAUCUGUGCGCUCUCGCUUUACGCGCAGUUUGAUGGCGUCGCCGCGCACUCCUCUCUGUGUUCUUCGAUCAUCGCUUACCAUCUGACGGUUUAUGGACGGCGAGGACCAGAUAUUAUGAUAGCACAUUGUCGGGGUUGGUUCUACAACAUUUUCACCAAAGUGUUCUGUGGAAACUGUGUCAUCGCUUGAGCUCCGAACCGAGCAGUGAGCGAUAAGAGAAGAAGUUUGCCGGAUACAGGUGCGAUCUCUCUCUAACUGCAGCUGAUGAUCACAGACACGGAUCUGGACUGCCGGAUUCCAGUAGAUCAUAUCAGAUCUAGCGCAAGAUGAAGUCUGCCGGCGCUGGUGAUGAAGGACUCUUUACGGAGAGCUACUGUAACAUCUGCAACGCUCAGCUGAUCUCCGAGUCCCAGCGGGUGGCACACUAUGAGAGCAAGAAACAUGCCAACAAAGUGCGUCUGUUCUACAUGCUCCACCCAGAAGAUGGAGGUCCACCAUCCAAAAGACUGAGACCAGACAAUCCGGACAGUGCAGAGAAUGAGGUGGACAGAAACAAAUGCUGUACGCUCUGCAACAUGUUCUUCACUUCUGCCAUCGUGGCUCAGUCGCACUACCAGGGCAAAACGCACGCUAAGAGAGUUCGCUUGGUGCUGGGGGAGACACCAAGUCUGCCAGCAUCCACAGAGUCAGCCCUGCCCACCCCUCUGACCACAGACCCGCCCCCUCCCUCGUGGCAGCCGCUGACCAAUCAUGGUGAGGCAGGCAAGUACUGCUGCUUGUGUGGCGCCUGGUUCAACAACCCACUGAUGGCACAGCAACACUACGAAGGCAAGAAGCAUAAGAGAAAUGCAGCACGGGCGCGACUGCUGGAGCAGCUGGCUGGCAGUCUGGAUGCGAAUGAAAGCACAGGCCUGCGCCGGAGUUACUCGUGCAGUGUUUGCAAGGUGGUGCUGAAUUCCAUCGAGCAGUAUCACGCACAUCUCCAGGGCUCCAAACACCAAAACAAGUGA